CUGACGCCGCCGGAACUUGAGUCUCGGGAUUGCUUCUGAGUCACUGUCCUCUGCUGGGUGGUUUCCUCCCUGCCCCUCGCCCUGUGCCCUCCUGAUCCCCAUCUCUGACCCCCCUCUGGCUCUGGGACUGUUCCCACACACCGGCCUCCCGCUGUCUCUUGCAUGCACCCCCUUCUCAGUCAGCACCCUGGGACCCUCUGCAGGGAUAAAAAAAAAAACACAGAAUAAGUGUCCCCAAAAUUUUAAAUCUGGCAAUAAAAUGGAGGUCUUGAACAUUGAGUCCUUCAGUAUAAAAUUCCAGGCCUGAGUGCACCAAGCGAGGUGCAGCCGCUGUGCAGGGCUUGGACAGGAAGGGCCUCUCCCUUCUGGCUGGCUGCAGAGCUGGGGGGUCUUCUCUGAGCACUGCAGCCCACUCCUGACUGCCGGGAAGCGCCUGCCCAGGAGGGUGCCCGCAGGGGACGUCAGUGACCUGGGGCAGAUCCUGCCUCCUUGGCUGGCGGGCCUGGCAGGAGCAGGGAUCUCCCGGCCAAGGAGCACUGGGCACCUUGGAGGUGGGAGUCGUGGGGGGUCAGGGUCCAGCCCCUACCUCCGUGGGCUGUGUGGCUGCUUCUCUCUGCUUCUUUCUUCUGUAGAGGCUAAGCUAUUUGAGAGCAGGAGAUGGGCGGAGGAUGGGAGCCGCUUGUCAGGCAGUGAACGCUCUGUCUGAAGCAAGUUUCUGAGAGGACUUUAAGGCGUCGUGCAAGCAGUUCUACCACGCCGAGCUGGAAGAGCUGUCCUUCUCCAGAGACACGGAGGACUGCAGGAAGCACAUUAACCACUGGGUGGCCGAGGAGACAGAAGGUAAGAUUUCAGAGAUCCUGAGUGUUGGGAUGAUCGACCCCUUGACUAAGCUGGUCCUGGUGAACGCGAUCUAUUUCAAAGGGAAGUGGAGUGAACAGUUUGACAGGAAGCACACCAGAGGGAUGCCUUUUAAGGUCAACCAGGAGCAAAAGACAGUGCAGAUGAUGUUUAAGCAAGCGAAGUUUCCGACAGGCUAUGUGGAAGAGGUGAACACCCAGGUUCUGGAGCUUCCGUAUGCCGGGGACGAGCUCAGCAUGGUCAUCCUGCUGCCGGACGAGGACACCCCUCUGGCCGUGGUGGAAAAAGCACUUACAUACGAAAAAUUCAGAGCCUGGACCAGCCCGGAAAAUUUGACGAAGGGGAAGAUCCAAGUGUUCCUUCCGCGACUAAAGCUGGAGGAGAAUUAUGAUCUGGAGCCUUUCCUUCGCAGCUUGGGCAUGACUGAUGCUUUUGACGAAGCCAAGGCAGACUUUUCCGGAAUGUCCACUAAGAAGAACGUGCCCGUCACCAAGGUGGCACACAAGUGCUUCGUGGAGGUGAACGAGGAGGGCACGGAGGCGGCGGGGACCACGGCGGUCAUCAGGAACUCCCGCUCCUGCAGGAUGGAGCCCAGGUUCUGUGCCGACCACCCUUUCCUCUUCUUCAUCACCCACCACAAAACCAAGAACCUCCUGUUCUGUGGUAGGUUCUCCGCUCCGUGAACAGGCGCGAGUGCUUCACCGGGCUCCUCUCCCUCCCGCCCAGCCUGCCUUUCCGUAGACGGCCCACGGCCACGUCACUGUGGGGGUUGGAAAGCCAAAAUAAAGCACGUGCACCCUGG